AUGUUCGGUUUAGGUGGAUCUCCACAAAUUUCAUCCCAACAGAAAAUCCAGGCUGCUGAGGCUGAAUUGGAUAUGGUUACUGGCAUGUUCAACUCCUUGGUAGAGCAAUGUCAUGCCAAGUGCAUCAACAAAUCAUAUGCCGAGGGAGAUGUGAACAAGCAAGAAGCUCUUUGCUUAGACAGAUGCGUUUCGAAGUACUUUGAGACGAACGUUCAAGUUGGUGAGAACAUGCAAAAGUUGGGCCAAUCCGGCCAAUUCAUGGGCAGAUAA